CUAGACCUAAUAGGCCUGUGUCGUAAAUUUCAAAAAUGGCUUAUUUCGAUAGUUUAGUACCUGUAUUACCCCAAAAAAUAAUAUUUCAUGAUAAAACUUAUAUUUAAAGCACAUAUUUUAAGUUUGAAUAAAAUAUUUUUAAACUGACGUAAAAACACAAGAAAGUGUCAUGGCGUCGUGAAGGACGUCACAUAGUGGCAAACAGGUAUAUCACAUUAAGGCGAAUGUUUGUUUUGUUUAAAUAAAAAUGGAAACUUCGUAUUUUAAAAGCUGUAUUGUGCCCCAGUGUAUAAGUACAAGUAUAAAAACUCCGACUAAAUUAUUCAUACGUGUUCCGGUCAAGAAAAAUAUGCGAAAAAAGUGGUUAAAACUGGCAAGGAGGACUGAUGCUCAUUGUUUAUCAACGGCAUCGAGAAUGUAUUUUUGUGAAGAUCAUUUCGAUGUAAGUAUUAUUUAAUAAAGUAGUGACUACAUAUUCAACUAGUAAAUCUUAAGAAGAACCAAAGCUUUUUGGUUUUAAAUUACAAUGCAAUUGCAUUUUGCAUUGUAUUGUGUUAAACAGUCUUCAUAUUUUUCCAGUUGCCAAACGACACACACACACAACGUCACGCCUUUUAUCCCCGAAGGGGUAGGCAGAGGUGCACAUUACGGCACGUAAUGCCGCUAUACAAUGUUGCCAAACGAUAUGCUGAAUUAUACAGAGUACCAUAUUAUGGGAACGGUAUCUUAUGUACGAAUGAAACCAGGUUGUUUACCACGUAAAUUUGAAUGUCAAGAAGACAGAAGAAAACGAAGCUGCACCAGUGCAGAGCGGCCAUACAUGAUAAAAAAACAGAGAAUGUCUACAAUAGCAGAGUGUCUUCAAGAAAGUUGUACACCUAGCACUUCCAAUGAACUGCUAGAAAGUUGUACACCAAGUACUCCCCUAGAGCAACAACCUCAAACAAGUUCAGCAGGUUUUCAAACCAUUGAAGAAAAUACACCAAACAUGAUAUAUAAGCCGACAGCAGAUAAAUCCAUUCAAGUAAUCUUUACACAUAAAUAUAGAAGUAAGGCGAUCCAGACCCAUGUGAAAACAAUAGAUCAAGCAAUAUCACCUCUGAAGCCAUCUAUGACAUCUAGUGCUACUUCCCCAUUUAUAGUAACAACCUGUAAAAAAUCAAGACCUUCAUCAUUUAUGCUAAAGAAGAUUACUAGAAAUAUACCGAUUCGAUUCGAAUUUUCGGUAAAUUAUUGCUGUUCGCUUUCAUAAAACCAGGUUCCAUGGCAGUUUAUUAUCGGUAUUGUUUGAUAUGGGUGGAAAUAGCACUCUCAACUUGUCUAAACACGAUAAUAAUAGCAAAAAAACGAAGUGGCUUGUGCUGUUGUAUGGAAAUCUUAACCAAACGUCAAUAACAACAAUGGCGCAUAUCACUAUGUGACGUCAUACGUUCUGAUUGGCGUUCACGGCGGAGGGGCGCGUGGUGUAUUUUUUUGAUUUUGUAUUUGUAAAAAUAACAAUAAUCUUAUUAUUUUGUGAGGAAUUAUGCCGGUUUUCCUUGAUUAAAUAUCACAAUUUACGCCUAGAAACAUUCAUCCAUUGAUUUCAUUGUUAGUUGACACAAGCCUAUUAACA